UAGCUCGUCUGGGUCUCUAGCAAAUCCUUCCUUCCCGAGUUAGACGCCCAGGCUGAGAAAUUGGUUCCGAACCCAAAGGAACCCAGGGCUAGGCGACGCCAGAUCACGUGACCAGCGGUCCCCAUGACGUGCGGACUGCGGGGCGUCACUGUGACGUUCGGGCGACCUGCUAAGUGGCCGGGCUACCUCCGUCACCUGUGUAGUCGCGGAGCUGUCAUGGACCUGGGACCGAUGCGCAAGAGUUACCGCGGGGACCGAGAGGCAUUUGAAGAAACUCAUCUGACCUCUCUGGACCCCAUGAAGCAGUUUGCUUCCUGGUUUGAGGAGGCUGUUCAGUGUCCUGACAUCGGGGAAGCCAAUGCCAUGUGUCUGGCUACCUGCACCAGAGACGGAAAACCCUCUGCCCGCAUGUUGCUGCUGAAGGGCUUUGGCAAGGAUGGCUUCCGCUUCUUCACUAACUACGAGAGUCGAAAAGGAAGAGAGCUGGACUCUAAUCCAUUUGCUUCCCUGGUCUUCUAUUGGGAGCCCCUUAACCGCCAGGUGCGUGUGGAGGGCUCUGUGAAGAAGCUGCCUGAGGAGGAGGCCAAGCGCUACUUCCACUCCCGCCCCAAGAGCAGCCAGAUUGGUGCUGUGGUCAGCCACCAGAGUUCGGUGAUCCCUGAUCGGGAGUAUUUGAGAAAGAAAAAUGAGGAACUGGAGCAGCUCUAUCGGGAACAAGAGGUGCCCAAGCCCAAAUACUGGGGCGGCUACAUCCUGUGCCCGCAGGUGAUAGAGUUCUGGCAAGGCCAAACCAACCGGCUGCACGACCGGAUUGUCUUUCGGCGGGACCUCCCUCCACAAGACUCCCCUUUGGGGCCCAUGACUCAUCAUGGGGAGGAAGGCUGGCUCUAUGAGAGACUUGCACCUUGACCAGUCUCCUGGCUAGAGUGGAGCAGGGAGGUGCUUAAAAGAGGGUGUGGGAUUGGAAGCCAGGCCCUUUUUCUAAACUCAGUCCAUUUCCCUUCCCACCCUUUAUAUCUGUGGCUCUCCAGAUCUCCUUCUCUGAGUUCUCCGUACUCAGUCGGGCCUCAAUUAGCUGCUGGAGUGGAGUGUAACUGAGCCAUAGAGAAUCACACAGGCGAGAGAAUCCUGUAAUCAUUUGUUCUUUUUUUUUUUUUUUUUAACUUUGCAGCAGAUUUUUUUGGAAUAGCUCCCCCUAAGGCUGGUGGCUGGUGUGACUCCCUUUCUGGCAACAGGGUGCCCAACCUCAAUCUAUUACCAUGUAAAUUAUAUUGCCCCAAACUGAUUGGUCCCAGUGCAGGUACCUGAGCCAAUCUAGCCAAUCA